GUCGAAGAUGUAUGAUUUAAGGUAUUAAAUAAACUCCCUCACCAAAAAGGGCCUUAAAUGUCGUGUUUUUCUUUCUACUAGUCCAGAGUACUAGAAGGCUUUAGAACCCGAAUAGGUAUCUCCGAGUGAAGAGAACCAGGAGAAUUUAUUGUUUGUUCGGCCUCGCACUUGGAUUGUCAGCGCUGCGCACCCCUACAUUUUCCAUCACGUUACCAUCAACUGUUGACACCAGAUCAUUACGCAACCCCUAUUGCACAGCCCACAUACUCGUCAAAUAUGCGUUCAAUCAUACUCGUAUUGAUGUUCGCCGUUUUGGCAGCCGCCGCCCAGGGUUGGAUGGACUCUCCUAGGGUUUCCGCCAGAUCCGUGUCGAAAGAGCUUCCCUGGUCAGCUAAAAGACCGCCAUCGGUUGCCUCUACGACUGCAUCUGUCCGCAAGGGUGUGUUACUGCUGACACCCUACGAUGAUAUUUUCUUCAGCCUUCGUGAAAAUUAUAAAGGUCUUGAUGCCCACCGUCUUCCUCCAACAUCACUGACUUGCGCAGAUCUCAACUUGAACAACCCUGCCAGAUAUCUUUUCAAGAAUGGGCUUUCACGCGAGACUUUCGUCGACUGCAAGAUCCACGACUCUUUCGAUCCUAAAACCAUCGCUCACCUCUCUACCGCAAACGCCCAUCUGGCCAUCGACAAGUUCUGCGCCGACAAGAUCGCGAAAGUCUCCAGUUACAUCCCACCUCUUUACUUCCCGCUGGACAGGUUCAGAAACUUUACUCCAGACCCGGAGCGCGCCUACCUGUUCAAUGAUACCGCAAUUUCGAUCAUGGCGAGGUUUGAGUUUGUCGAUAGCACGGUUGACCUUGGUGGCAUCGACGUUCAAGUUGGAAUCGACUCGAAUGUUGACUUCCUCGUCAAGGACCGUGAAGUUGUUUGCAGGGAGACGCUCCAGAGAGUCGUCAACGAGUGCUUCCAUGACACCAAGCCAGGAACAACUGGCGGAUAUGCCCUUGAAUGCCACAAGGACUAUGGAUGCGUGUACUGGCAGAUUUGGGGCUCCAAGCGAUGAAAGCAGUUGUUCCCAACACUGGGUUUCGCACUUGAAGUUCCAUGACCAAUUCCGUCUUUGGUAGUUGGUAGAAGGUGCAGCGAUGGAGAUGUCGUCCACAUACCUCG